AUGGCAGCGACUCUGAACAGCGCGGGAAUCGCCGAAUGCCGGGACUUUGAAUCGAUGCUGGCCCUCCCCGUCCACGUACAGGCCUGUCGUGCCCUGAUGAUCAUCUGUCUGCUGCUCGGCCUCGGCUCCAUGAUCGUCGCUCUGCUUGGACUCAAGUGCAUCAAGAUCGGCUCAUCCACUCAACAAUCCAAGGCCAAGAUCGCCACCAUUGGAGGAAUCCUGAGCAUCCUCGCCGGUCUUUGCUGCAUGGUAGCUGCUUCCUGGUACGCAGCCCGAGUGGUUAAUGACUUCAACGAUCCGUUCUACGGUGGAAUGAAGUACGUUCACCACACAGAUGCUGAGUUUUGA